AUGUCUUUUUCAAAUUACCUUUCAAUAACUGAUAUUUUAGUAACAAAUGAAAAAGUACCUUGUAAAUUCUUGCAUGAUUUGCCAAAAAUGGGAUUUUUGGACCCUUCUGCUUCUGAAGAUGAUCUUAAAAUUGGAACAAAUCUAGAAAUUCCUCUGUGGCUCGCUGAAUCAUUAUACAUAAGAAGACCACCCUUAGUUAGUGUAGAACUACCUAAAAUAUACAAAGAAACAUAUAGAGAAAUCCUUAAUGCAGAUUCAUGCACUGUUGAUAUGCAUAAACUUGGUCAACAUUUUUAUGAACUUGGUUGUUACAUCGCAAAAUAUGAUAUUAAAGGCGAUGUUGCAUCCACUUUAGUUAAUACAUUUAGGCAAAGGUUUAAAAUGAUACUAGCAGCAAGUGUUGCUACAGAUUCUAUAAGUGCUUUACAACCACUAUCAGCCAGUGAGCGAGAUCGCACAGAAGCUGCAGUUGUCACAGAAAAAGCUCUCUCAGGAUGGUUGAAAAGGGGAGAUUGUCCUCUUACAACAGCUAACAUGGUUGCUAAUCAUAGAAAAAGGAAAAGAGCUGAAAUGGAAAUGUUA